ACGAGCAACAGUCGCGCGGCGGAGGAUGCGCACAACAUGAGCAACAGCCAAUACAGCUCAUGCACAGCAGAACACGGUGAAUUCUGACUCUCUUCGGCUCAUUUCGUGUCGGGAAUGUGAUCUACAAACACUUUAUUUGUCCGGCCUUUCGUUUGAGGCCGGUUAGAUGCUUUUUGCGUCCUUUAUUCUGGAUCAAACCUCCGGUUCAUCGUCACGGUUCGGCGGAGACGCUUCACAUCACAGGUGACUGAUUACUCUUUCCUCAUUUCUGCGUCCAUUCUGAGAUACUCAAUAUUACUUCAGACUAGACCAGAAAACUGGACUUCAGGAUUACAGGUUUUCUGAGCAUCAUUAACAGUGACUCUUUCAAAACUAGAUCCCACUGCAUAUCCCAGAUCAUCUAUUCUGGAUUAUUCUUCUGAGGAGGAGUUACUGUGGAGAGCAUGAUUACUUCCAGAGCUGGAAUACUAGAGACUAAUCUAGUUUAUGUGGGCAAACUGAAUUACAUUGGCAAAACCCUAAUGUGAACAGAGCAGCGGCUAAUUCAUUUUGCUGCAGGACGUGCAUUGACUUCCAUAGCAGCUCGUGUAGUUUCGGAAUGUUCACAGUGUCUUUUCAUUAAGAACAUUCUAUUGGAAGGUUAUUUCCUGCAUAUAUUGUCACAAAUUCCGUUCUGCCUGCUGUUGGUGUGGAGUUCAAUCAAAUGGCUCGACCCGGCUCCGGGGUUCUGGUGACGCUGGGAGGCGGAUACUCGUCUCAGAGCAUGGCGAGGGUGGUGGUUUGGGAAUGGAUGAAUGAACACGGCCGCUGGAGGCCGUACAGCGCCGCUGUUUGUCAUCACAUCGAAAACGUCCUGAAGGGAGACGCACGUGGGACCGUCAUACUGGGACAGGUGGAUCCGCAGCUCGCGCCGUACGUCAUAGACCUGCAGUCCAUGCAUCAGUUCAGACAAGACACAGGCACAAUGCGUCCCGUGCAGCGCAAUUUCUACGACCCGUCCUCGUCUCCGGGCAAGGGCAUCGUAUGGGAGUGGGAAAACGACUGUGGAUCCUGGACGCCGUACGACAUGGAGUUGUGCGUCAGCAUCCAGAACGCCUACGAGAAGCAGCACCCCUGGCUGGACCUGAGCUCGCUGGGCUUCAGCUACCUGGUGGACUUCGACGGCAUGUCACAAACCAACCGGCAGAGCCAGAGGAAGCGGCGCAUUCGCCGGCGGAUGGACCUUGCGUAUCCACUCAUUGCCGGAUCCAUCCCCAAAUCCCAGUCCUGGCCCGUGGGCACCAACUCGGGCACCCCGUGCACCUGCCAGCAGUGCAUGCUGGUCCACAGCACACGGGCCGCGUCCAACGCCAUCCUGGCCCUGCAGCAGAGGAGGAAACUGUACGGGACGGAGGGCGGAGCCAAUCAGACGGCCACUGUCGUGAGGCAGAGCAACACCUUCGCUGGCUCCUCCCUCUGGUCGCCCACGACGACUGUUGCCAGGGGACACCAUAACAACAUAAAGGUCGUUGGAGGAGCAGCUGGGAAGAUGGAGAUGAACGGGGGGAAUUUCCCAUGCGCCCCUGCGCUGGUGACGCUUCCGACCAAUCACGCGCUUACUAUUAACGGACAGAAUAAUCUGAACCGGCCGGGAACGCAGCGGAUCGCGGUGACGACGAGCCGAGGAUCCAUCCCUCCUGGGGUUCCUGCACUUCCUGUGAAGAACCUCACUGGAUCAGGACCCGUCCAUCCUGCCUUAGCAGGUAUCACAGGUAUCCUCAUGUGCGCUGCCGGACUCCCCGUGUGUUUGACUCGAGCCCCUAAACCCAUCCUACAUCCACCGCCGGUCAGCAAGAGCGACCUGAAACCAGUGCCGGGAAUCAACAGCAUCCGACGCAAGACCAAGAAAAAACACCUCCGUAAAGGUAAAAACCCAGAGGAUGUGGUUCGACGGUACACAGAGAAAGUCAAAACGGCCCCAGAUGAGGACUGCACCAUCUGCAUGGAGAGACUGGCCACGGCGUCCGGAUACGAGGGAGUGCUGAACUACAAGGGCAUCAAACCUGAGCUGGUCGGCAAACUGGGAAAGUGUGGUCACAUGUACCAUCUCCUGUGUCUGGUGGCCAUGUACAACAACGGCAAUAAGGACGGCAGUCUGCAGUGUCCCACCUGUAAGGCCAUCUACGGGGAGAAAACCGGCACACAGCCCCCUGGGAAGAUGGAGUACCACGUCAUUCCUCAUUCUCUGCCUGGACACUCCGACACCAAGACUAUCCGUAUCGUCUAUGACAUUCCCGCUGGAAUACAGACCACGGAGCAUCCCAACCCUGGGAAAAAAUACAGCGCGCGGGGAUUUCCUCGACACUGCUACUUACCGGACAACGAGAAAGGCCGCAAGGUGUUGAAGUUGCUAAUCAUGGCGUGGGACCGUCGUCUGAUCUUCACCAUCGGGACGUCCAGCACCACGGGAGAGUCGGACACUGUCGUGUGGAACGAGAUUCACCACAAGACUGAGUUUGGCUCCAACCUGACCGGCCACGGCUACCCCGACCCCAACUACCUGGAUAACGUGAUGAGAGAACUGUCCGCUCAGGGCGUCGGCGAGGACAACCUAAAGGACUGAGGCGGUGCGGGUCGGUCCGCUGCGGGGCACGCAACUGCACACCCACCUCAUUCUGAGGCGUUUCUGACCGCUGGAGAGACCUUUGACCUCUCAGCGGCGGCUUGAACAGGGAGCGACGGUCCUCGCUGACUCCGAGUCAGUCCGAGUGGACGAUGGAGUGAAGAAAACAACAGUCACAGCUUUCUCUAUCUCUCUCUAUCUCGUUCUUUUUUUGUGGCUACCCAUAAUGCAGCUGGGCUCAGACCCAAGUGCAUGUGGUGGUUGUAUAUACACACAUUCGUGGUUGACCGAUAUUGGCCGAUGCCUCUACAGAUGGCACGUGACGAUUUAACGCUUUUUAAAAUGACACAAAUGCUUAUUUUAUGCUAAGUUAACACCUCUGAUGCUGAUAAUCACAAAAUCACCAGAUAUCAGAUGAUUAAUAAUCGGAUUUCCCGAUAUAUCGGUCAGCCGUUGCACCCAAUAUCUGUUAUUUCCAUUGGUCAACAUGGAGAACUUUUGUUUCCACGUUGUUGUUUUUGCAUCACUUUCAGACAGGGAUGGUUUUCCUGGUGUUUUCUGCCUGGAUUCUUUGAAACAUUAUCGGUUUGGCCUCCGUAUAUAUGAUUAAAGGAGGCCUGUAGUUGUUGGCGUUUGUAGGGAUAUUUGUGUAGAUGGAUCCGCGGGGCUGUUUCUGAUGUUUGUGCAACCGCUGCAUAAAAUAUGUGCACUUCAAAACAUUCAGCUCUUCGGCUCGUGUGCUACUUUUGAACUUCAGAGCAAUUAGCGGAGCGAACUGAGAUUUGAGGAUCCUUCUGUGUGCAGUUUAAUAUUUAGAGUGAAUAAGAUGAAUAGGAUGUCUUCUUGAAAUAUGCAAUGAUUCAUAUUCUAUCUUGCUUCGUUUCUCUUUUAUGUCAUAAAUCUGAGAGUGCUUGCAGACGGGUUUGUUUGUGGUCCUUUGCUGUGUUUUGGAUACUAGCAUACUACUUUACUAGAGUACAGCACACCGGUUAUGUUGUAUACAGAAUUUUAAAAAAUAAAUGUAGGCGUUAUUAUCCAGGAUAAAUGUUUUAAAUAGUUGUCUAAUGACCACAUAUUGUCAAAAUAAUCCAAAUUGUGGCUGACAUUUCUAGUUCAUUUGUCACUAGAAAUCAAGUUGAGCAUACUGCAGUGGUUCUCAACCACUAGGGGGCCGUGAGAUGACUUAAAUGAUUUAAUAUAUGACAAAACUAAGCUAAAACAAGCAUUACAAUGAGCUAAAACAGCUAAAAAUCAAGUUAUUUCUCAUUUUAAGUCAACUUUUUUUUUUGUCUUUAAAGAAUCAGGUUUUUAUAGUUGGUAAAAUUAAAAAAAAAAAAAAAACUGAAAUAAAAUAAAUUAUGUAAAAAAUAAAAAUAAAAACUUACAUUAUUUCAGCUAUUUGCUAUUUGCAAAUAAAAAUAAGUGUAUAUAUAAAUGUGUAUAUAUAUAUAUAUACAUUUUACUAGCUAUGCCAAGUUCUAAAAUAUUUUAUCGGGUUGAAAUUUUAGGUAAAAUUAAUAACAAUAAUCAGUGCUGGGUAGAUUACUUACAAAUUGUAGUCAGUUACUGAUUACAAAUUACAUGACAAAAAUUGUAGUUCGUAAUGUAAUCCAUUACAUUACACAUUUAAGGUAAUGUAAUCUGAUUACUUUUAGAUUACUUUUGACCUAACUCGUUUAUCACCAUGAAUUGAACAGGAUAAUCUUGUACCAUAUUGAUAUAAAAAUACAAAGAGAAAGAAAAUAAAUUCCAUUGUUUGUUAUCAACAACAUGAAGUGCAUUAAAUCUUACAUUACAUCAGGGUUUCCCAGACUGCGGUUCCUGAGCUUAAUAAAAAGUAGAGAUGCACCGAUACUAAAUUUCUCUACCGAUAGCCAAUUAUUCAGAGUAAUAUUUGCAAAUAAUGAUAAUGAUAGUUUGGGGGUUCUGACUUUUAUACCUUCUUUUAAAUUAAUAAUAAUUUCAUUAUAAUUAAUAAUUAAUCAUUAUAUUUUUAGUUAUUAUAUUCUGAAAGAAAACUUUAUUCUCUCAAUUUCAUCAACUUGUUUCAGAAUAACUGGUAUCUCAAAUUAAUAUUAACACAUUAACUAAAUUCUGAAGAUUAAAUUAAUAUAUCUUAACUUUCUGAAUGUUAUUAAUUCAUAUAAUUACUAUUAAUAUUGAACAUAUAUAUAUAUAUAUAUAUAUAUAUAUAUAUAUAUAUAUAUAUUUUUUUUUUUUUUUUUAGCAUUUUCUUUAUACAAAUCACAAAUUCAGUGCAUUUUCCUGCCCUCUUUUGAUUGACAGGAUAUAUCGGCCCUGAAUAUUGGCUGUUUUUAAACUAUCUAAACUAACUAAAAUUUGCUUUUAUCUGCCGAUACCGAUUAUUGGCCGAUAUAUCGGUGCAUCUCUAAUCAAAAGCAUAAAAAUGUAAAAUUAAAAUAGAUAAUUUUAAAAUAAAACACUUACUAAAAAGAUAUAUUUUGUUUACCUGCAUGUCAUGUGACCAUUAACCAACAUGAGCUUAAUUUGAUUUAUUAUUAUUAUUUUUAUUGGCUUAAUUUUAUUAACUUAAGGUAAAAUCUCAGGGGUUACUUCAAGUAAAUAUAUUAGGUCAAAGAGGUUCAGCUGAUGAAAAAGUUGGGAAUUCCUGCAUUGCAUGUAAAUAUGAAAUGGUGUGAAUUUGUACGUUUUAAUGUGUUUGAAAGACAAAAGCCUUCCAGAGACAGUAAAUGCAUGUUUAAAUUAAAUUCAAAUAAUAUUCUUAAAUAAUAUUCAGCGCACUUAAAAGUUCUGUAAAUCCAGUGAUCAAAUGUGUGGGUUUUCAGUGAUAGUCACAUGACCAGUGUGAAAUUCCACAAACCUGGAAGAGCUUGCCAUGAAUUAUUAAUAAUUUACUGCCAUUGUGAGAAUAACAUGUAUUCAUGUGAUCAAUAAAAAGUAACUGUAGUCUGAUUACAAGUAUUUUAAAAUGUAAUGUAAUCGAAGUACUUAAUUUUUGGAAUCUGAUUACAUAAUCCAGAUUACAAGUAAUCAGUUACUACCCAGCACUGAUGAUAAUAAUAAAACAAAUCUUAUCCUUAAAUCAGGAAUGACUGGAAAUUCAUGCGUUAAAAAGAACAGGAACCCUGAAGAACAUUCAGCUCCUAAAACUUCUGAAAUUUAGAUGCUUUUUUACAAUUUACAGAAACUAUAGGUGUUCCCAUAGAUUAAAAUAAGGAAUGUGGGACCUUUGAGUCAAAAAGGUUGAGAAACACUGCAUUGUGGGAUACUGUAUUCCAUACAGUUUUGGCAAAUGCAGAUAUUCAGCGCACACAGAACAUUCACAUAUACAUACAACACUGCAGAAAAAGUAGUAUGUUAACAUUGUAUUCUGAACACAGGCCUGGUGUUUGGUAAAGCCGGAGCUGAUAAAUCACAACUCAAACUCGUCUCAAGGUUACAGUCGAUCCCAGAGACGUGUGUGAAACACACAGUCAUUAUGCCGCCCGUGGAGACGCGAGCGCAGCCAGUGUUAUCCAUCACGGCCUGGGCGGUGUGUCUUACUGCUGAUCACGUGUGGGUUUGUGACGUCAGAGAUGUUUCCCAGCGGCGAGCGAUUCCUCUCGUCCCUCUGGGUCUGUGAACUGUUUAUUUCUGCUGUGAGUUACAGUCAUCUUACAGUCACCGUUCACACUGACAAGCUUUAGUUUUUCAGAAGUAUCUGUGCGUUUUUUUGCAAGUGCCAUUUGCAUUUUUUUUGAAAGAAGUCACUUUUUGCUCCUCAAGGCUGCAUUUAUUCGAUCGAAAAUACAGUAAAAACAGCGAAAUAUUAUUACAAUGUAAACUAGCUGUUUUCUGUGUGAAUAUAUGUUAAAAUGCAUUUAUUCCUGUGAUUCAAAGCUGAAUUUUCAGCAUCAUUACUCCAUUUCAGUGUCACAUGAUCCUUCAGAAAUCAUUUUAAUAUGCUGAUUUGAUGCUCAAGAAACAUUUCUGAUUAUUAUCAAUGUUGAAAACAGUUCAUAUGUUUGUGGAAACCGUCAUACUUUUGAUUUUUCAAGAUUGUUUGAUGAAUAAAAAGUUUUUAUUUGAAAUAGGAUCUUUUGUAACAUUAUAAAUGUCUUUACUGCACUGUAAAAAAUUGUUUUCAUGAUCAUGACAAUUUUUUCUUUUGUCAAAUCAAAUUUAAGUGGUUCAGAUAACAUUCUGUUUAUUAAACCAAUCGCCUUCAUUGUAUUAACUCAAAUUUUUAGUUUAAAAGAACUCAAAAUUUAAGUUAAACCAACAAUUCUUUUUUACAGUGUCACUUUUGAUCAAUUUAAUGCAUCUUUACUGAAUAAAAGCAUAAAAACAUUUGCGUUUCGUAAUAUUGUAGCGGUGUCAGUGUGAACGGCCCACAGAUCUGCAGUCUUCCUUGAAACGCAGCAACUCUCUGAUUGUGUCUGUUCGCAUCUUUAGUUAUCCUCGUGUCUUGUAAUGCUUUAAAGAACUGUAUAGAGUACAAUAUAUAGAAGUCAGCAUAUAUACACACAUACAUUUAAGAGUGUGAUUAUAUCUUUGAAGUGUUUAAAUUAUUUUUAUACUUACACAUGAUGUACGUGUACAUGUACAUGUAUCUACACACACACACACACAUAGACAUGUACAUAUUUGAUACAUGCUUUUUUGUCAAAUCUGACAGUUUGUCAGUAACGUCAGGGACUGUUAACGUGUUCUGAGCGUCUUAUAUUAGUCGUGCCGUUUCUAGCAAUGAUCUCCGUUGCUAUCGAUGAUGUCGGUGGGAAGGGUUUGUUUGUGUGACUUUAACUUGCCCACCCAAAGGGGUCGUGUACCUUUAUAUAUCUGCAGGGAAUAUUAAACAUUGUCAUUAAUACAAGCACUGCUCACAUGUGUCUGACAUCACUGGAGAGCUCCUUACAAAUAUAAAUGAGCCUGUACAAACCUACAUCUUGUGUUGAAUCUGACUUUGAGAUCAGAGAAGGAAACGUCCCUUUAAGAACUGACAGUCAUUAAUGUACUAUAAUAGAUUUUAUUAAUAUUUUUGUUUUAUAUUUUCCCUUUUUAUUUUAGUCAAACCUUUAGUAAUUUUAAUGUUUUUUUAAUUAAUUUUAUUUAAAUAUUUCUAUAUAGUUUUAUUAACUUUUAUUUCAGUUUUAUUAAUUUUAGUACUCUUAAGCUAAACAAAAAUGAGAAAUGUUGCCUUGCAAACAAACUAAAAGUUAUUUUAUUUCAGUUAACUUUUAUUUUAUUUAAAUUAAUAUAAAAAAAAAAAAGAUUUUAGUUUUAGUUGAUGAUAAUCCUCAAAAACGUGUUCAGUUACUAAUAAAACAAAACAUUUGCAUCAAAAAGAAAUCUUGAUUAUAAUAAAUGGGUUGUUGACCAAUAACAUGGACAUAAACCUUUUGAUAUUUUGUUUAACAAUUUGAAGUCUAACUAGUGCUGUCAAAUCGAUUAAUCAUGAUUAAAGCGCUGUCAAAUUAAUCGAGAUUAAAGUGCCGCCAAAUCGAUUAAUUGUGAUUAAAGUGGUGUCAAGUCGCUUAAUCACGGUUAAAGUGGUGUCAAAAUUGAUGAAUCACGAUUAAAGUGAUGUCAAACCGAUUCAUCGUGAUUAAAGUGGUGUCAAGUCGCUUAAUCACGAUUAAAGUGGUGUCCAAAUCAAUUAAUCGCUGUUAAAGUGGUGUCAAAUCGAUUAAUCACGUUUAGUGGUGUCGAAUUGAUUAAUUGCUGUUAAAGUGGUGUCAAAUUGAUUAAUCGUGAUUAAAGUGGUGUCAAGUCGCUUAAUCACAAUUAAAGUGGUGUCCAAGUCGAUUAAUCGCAAUAAAGUGGUGUCAAAUCGAUUAAUCGUGUUUAGUGGUGUCAAAUCGAUUAAUCACUAUUCAAGUGGUGUCAAAAUCAAAUUAAUCGCGAUUAAAGUAGUGUCAAAACAAUCUUGAUUAAAGUAGUGUCGGGUCGCUCAAUCACGAUUAAAGUGCUGUCAAAAUUGAUUAAUCACGAUUAAAUUGCUGCCACAUCGAUUAAUCGCGAUUAAAGUGGUGUCAAAUCAAUCAAUAGCUAUUUAAGUGUUGCUAUAUCGAUUAAUCAUGAUUAAUCAGUUUGACUGCACCUGAAUAGUUAUUAAUCGAUUUGGCAGCACUUUAAUCACGAUUAAUCAUUAAUCACGACUACAGUGUUGACAAACUGAUUAACCGCGAUUAAAGUGCUGACAAAUCGAUUAAUCACCGUUAAAAGGAUGUUAAAGCUAUUAACCACGAUUAAGCGCAUCUAGCAAAAGUUUGUACACACACAUUUACAAACUUUACAUUGCAUCUGACAGAAUCGUGAUUAAUCAAUUUGACAGUACUUGAAUCAUGAUUAAUCGAUUCGGCAGCACUUUAAUCGCAAUCACGAUUAAUCGUUAAUUGCAUCCAACAUAAAAUACACACACACACACACACACACACACACACACACACGAUCGUGAUUAAUCGAUUUGACGGCACUAAAUUUAACAAUUUAUAAUCACAUUUAAGUUUUUUGCAGUUCACUUCAAUCAUUUUGUAGUGUGAUAAAUUAACAAUCCAUGUAGCCUCUCAAUUAUAAAGCUCAAAUAAUUAUACAUAAUACACAUAUGCCUAAUAAUUACACACAAAUUAGUGUUAAAAUGAGUUUUGGAUGAAGUGUUUUAAGCUGUAGGACGCUGCUGUCACCGUCUGAUGCGUCAACAACCCAAAUACUACCGACUAAAGAAACUUUUGUCGAGGUAAAUUGAAUGUCAUGUUUCAGAUCUUGUAACUGAAUGGUUUGUACAGGUACUGUAGCUUUAAUUUGUUGUUGUUCGUCGUUCUCAUAGUCUGUGUGUCGUUUCUUCUAGAGAUGUUACAAAGAAAAAGGAUAAAAAAGGGAGUUUUACGAGAGACUUUGGCGCAUUAUGCAAUUCUGUAAGCGGCGCGUGUUGAACGUUGCGGUGGAUGUUUUGUUUUCACCCAGCAUGCCGCUCUUUUCAAAGGUGACUAAUUAAUUAGACCCCCCUCAUUAGGCCUGAUUAGAUCAUUUAUCACCUGUCCAUAUGGUUCAUCCCAAAAUAACUUGACUAUAUGCGCAAUAUUUCCGCCGAUGGGUUGUUUUGAGUCGUCCUCUCAGCUGCAUGAUGGUCAUGAGAUGUUUUCAGGUGAAAGACUCGUUUGGAAUAGAUAGUGAUUUUGGUGUGUGUUUAUUGUGGCGGAAGGUGAUUAGUCAGGUGAUUUCAGACCAUAUGGCACCUAAAAAGACCUGCUGAUUCCAGCCAAAUCCGUCGUCAUCCCAGAUUCAUUAGCGUUUUAUAAUGAAAAGCAUUUGUGACGGAAUUGAAAUAGCGUCGCAGGACAGUUUCCCAGAAGGAAAUAAGCUUUCUAAUGAGAAUACGGCUGAAUAAUUUUGUAGCUGGCACACAUUUAAGUGUGUCACAACCUCAAACCUGCUCUUCUCAGAGAUCUUUCUGAAUUUAUUUAAAGAGUAUUGGUAAAUGGUGAAGUGGUUGAUGAUAUUGUGUGUUUUGGGGGAAGUUCUUUCUUUCAUUUGGCCUCUCACAUGAUGGAUUCAAAAAUUGAUGUCAAAUAAAAAGCGCAUGGAUUUGUCCUUCAUGUCAUAGACUCUUACAGGCAAUAGAAUUAACACGUACAUCAAGAUAAUCUAUUUCAAAUAUCAGACGAAUUGUUGUUUGAUUAAACAAUACAAAGGGCUUUUAUGAUACGUGUCUUAAUGAAUCUGUUAUGAUCUUGUUGCAUGUCUGUGUUUCCUGUGAAAUAAACCCUCUCCUUGAGCAAAGGGAGACUGAUUUGA